GCUGUCUCCUCCAUCCUCGAAACAGUUGCUGUGUGCAUUUUUACUUCCCAGCCCAGAGUCAAGGACAAUUGCUCCGCCCGCGUUCAUCCCUCUCUCCUCAUCGUCACCCAGACUCCAACAUGGCUGAGCAACUGGUCCUCCGCGGCACCCUCGAGGGUCACAAUGGCUGGGUUACCUCCCUUGCCACCUCUCUGGAGAACCCCAACAUGCUGCUCUCCGCCAGUCGCGACAAGACCCUGAUCAUCUGGAACCUUACUCGCGAUGAGCAGGCCUACGGUUACCCCAAGCGCAGCCUUGAGGGCCACUCUCACAUCGUCUCUGACUGUGUGAUCUCCUCCGACGGUGCCUACGCUCUGUCCUCCUCCUGGGACAAGACCCUCCGCCUGUGGGAGCUCUCCACCGGUGAGACCACCCGCAAGUUCGUCGGCCACACCAACGACGUUCUCUCCGUCUCCUUCUCUGCCGACAACCGCCAGAUUGUCUCCGCUUCCCGUGACCGCUCCAUCAAGCUCUGGAACACCCUCGGUGACUGCAAGUUCACCAUCACCGACAAGGGUCACUCCGAGUGGGUCUCCUGCGUUCGCUUCAGCCCCAACCCCCAGAACCCCGUCAUCGUCUCCGCCGGUUGGGACAAGCUCGUCAAGGUUUGGGAGCUCGCUUCCUGCCGUCUCCAGACUGACCACAUCGGUCACACCGGUUACAUCAACACCGUUACCAUCUCCCCCGAUGGAUCCCUCUGCGCCUCCGGUGGCAAGGACGGUACCACCAUGCUCUGGGAUCUCAACGAGUCCAAGCACCUCUACUCCCUCCAGGCCGGUGACGAGAUCCACGCCCUCGUCUUCUCCCCCAACCGCUACUGGCUGUGCGCUGCUACCGCCAGCAGCAUCACCAUCUUCGACCUCGAGAAGAAGAGCAAGGUUGACGAGCUCAAGCCCGAGUUCAUCGAGAAGGGCAAGAAGAGCCGCGAGCCCGAGUGCAUCAGCUUGGCCUGGAGCGCUGAUGGCCAGACUCUGUUCGCUGGUUACACUGACAACAAGAUCCGUGCCUGGGGUGUCAUGUCGCGGGCAUAAAUAUGCUCCAACCCAACCCUCAAAGCUUAAUUAGGAUUUUGGUCGGGGCGGAAAAGUGUGCGAGGAGAGAGAGAGAGACAAUAUCAACUUGAACUCAUGUUUGUUAUUUUUUUUUCUUUUUUUUUCCCAAGAUCAAAAUAAAAAGGGCAGGCAUUGGUUUGGGAUGUAUGAGCCAUGAGCAAAUGAUAAAAAAAGGACUCUGGGUUUUUCUUCCGCCUGGUGUUUCUAACUCACACCCAAAACUCACCCUAUCCCCACCGCCCUCCCCCCAAUUUCCCCCCUCUAUACCCACCCCGUUCAUUCGGGCUUCUUUCCCCCGGGUUAUCGUUUGUCUCUCUUCACCAUGUCUAGCUCCUACUCGAUUCGUGGUCUUAAAACACGACGGAUUGCCGGGGAGAUUCUUGUGAACGAUGAGAGGUGGAUUGUUCGAAUACUAUUCAAAAGAUGUUAAAAAACUUAUAUCUUUGCUCUCCC